AUGUGCCAUUUUCAUAUUGGGUCGCCAAUAAAACCUAGACUACACAUCGAGGCAGAAGCAUUUGUUGUGCCACUUCUAUCCGGAAAGUUGCCUUCAAACUCCAUACCAAAGGAGCAGUUAAAGGACCUUCCCGGUUUUACAUGGGCUGAUCCUUCGUUUUUCGAGAGCUCACAAAUUGAUUUGCUGAUUGGGGCGGAUAUUCUUCCGUCUAUUCUUCUGAGUGGCUCGAGGACAAAGAUUUGUGGCACUCUGUUAGGUCAGGAAACAGUAUUUGGCUGGAUCCUGAGUGGGCCAGUCUCCAAGGCCGUGCAAAAAUCUAUUUCGAACUUUUCCACAAAGGUCUCGAUAAGCUCUGAAGCUAAACUCGAGAAACUUCUCACCAAGUUUUGGGAGGUGGAGGAUCUUCCAGGGAAGCCGGUAAAAGAGUCCGAUUCUUUCUGUGAGAAGAACUUUGUGCAAACAACAAGGAGAGAUGGCACUGGGAGAUAUGUUGUCACCCUACCAUUCCGAAGUUGUGAUCGGAUUGAUCUAGGGCAUUCAAGAUCCAUAGCACUGGCUCCAUUCCUAAAGAACGAAAGCCGUUUGAGGAAAAAUCCAACUCUUAAAGAUGAAUAUGAAGCAGUAAUCAGGGAUUACUUAGACCAGCGGCAUAUGUCUCCAAUCGUUCCAGACUCCAGUGGGAAGAAUUUCUACUUGCCUCAUCACGCCGUUUUUAAGCCAGAUAGCACAACUACCAAGGUUCGUGUAGUAUUCAAUGCUUCCUGCCCUACUUCCAAUGGAAAGAGCCUGAAUGAUAUCCUUCAUCCAGGGCCUGUGUUACAGUCCGAUUUGACUUUGCAGGUCUUACGCUGGCGGUUCUUUCGCUUCGUUGUCAAUGCCGACAUUACGAAAAUGUACCGGCAAAUUCUCGUUGCUCCAGAGCACACUCCAUUCCAAAGAAUCCUGUUUCGUGAUGCAAAUGACCAAAUCUGUGACUAUGAACUCAAAACAGUCACAUUUGGAGUAAAUUGUGCUCCGUUCCUUGCAAUAAGAGUAUUGCAGCAGUUGGCGAAAGAUGUGAGAACGACUUUUCCAUUGGCAAGUGAAAUUAUUUCUACUUCUAUGUACGUAGAUGACGUACUGGCUGGGGCGCACACAAAGCAAUCUGCUGGUGUAGCUAUUGAACAGCUACGUGCGGCGCUCAGGAGCGCAGGAUUUCCGUUGCGCAAGUGGACGUCCAACUCCAAGUGCAUUCUCAAGGACAUUCCUAAAGAUCACUUGCUAAGAGAGGGUUUCUUAGAGCUAGAUGAUCAGAGCACUGCCAAAACUCUCGGGAUUCGUUGGCAGGCAAAUAAAGAUGAAUUUUUCUUCGCCCCAUCCGAUAUUACUCCAAAGGCAGUCCUCAGUAAACGGGAGGUACUGUCACAAAUUGCAAGACUUUUUGACCCGGCAGGAUGGCUGGCACCUUUCGUGAUCCGAGCAAAAAUCUUUAUGCAGGAGAUUUGGCUCCAACAGCUGGGUUGGGACGAUCCACUCCAUGCUGAGCUCAUGGGAAAAUGGAACGAAUUUCUUAUGAGCUAUCCUACUAUAAACCAAAUCCGAAUUCCAAGAUGGGUGAAAUUUGGUCCACAAUCCAAAGUUCAAUCUCACGGCUUCUGCGAUGCAUCGCAGCAAGCAUAUGGAGCCGCGAUCUAUGUCCGAAUUGAACACGCUCAGGAGGUUUCUAUUUCUCUUUUGACCGCUAAAACUCGCGUGGCUCCAGUAAAGACCAUGUCCAUACCACGCCUUGAAUUAUGCGGUGCAGUUCUUCUGGCUGAGUUAUUCCAAUCGGUUGUUCCACAACUCCCUCCUGAUGACUUCGACACAUUCUACUGGACGGACUCCACGAUAGUGCUAGCAUGGUUAAGCAAACCGCCAUGUACCUGGACAUGUUUUGUGGCAAACAGAAUUGCCAAGAUUACACAGUCCGGAGAUGCUGGGAAGUGGUCUCACGUGCGGUCUGAAUUCAAUCCAGCUGACUUGGCUAGUAGAGGCGUGGUUCCACAGGAUCUCGUCUCAAGUAACUUGUGGUGGAAUGGCCCACAAUGGCUACAGCUUCCUAAGGAGCAAUGGCCUACUCCAAUAGAAUCCGUACCUAAGACAGAACUUGAGCAGCGUCCUAUCAAAUGCAACCUAAAGACCUAA